CUUUACUUAAGUCCAAUAUGGCCGCCAAUGUGGAAAUCCAGGAUGCAAGUAAAGAUGAAAAUAUUACACAAAACGAAACAUUCAAAACCCUUGGAGUUACGGAAGUACUUUGUGAAGCAUGUGGGAAAAUCGGUUGGAAUAAUCCUACAAAAAUUCAACGUGAAUGUAUUCCCUUGGCUUUGCAAGGAAAGGAUAUCAUUGGUCUUGCAGAGACAGGAUCUGGUAAAACAGGGGCAUUUGCCUUGCCAAUUCUUCAAGCUUUGUUAGAAAACCCACAAAGAUUAUUUGCUUUGGUUAUGACCCCAACCAGGGAACUUGCCUUUCAGAUAUCUGAACAAUUUGAAGCACUUGGUUCUGUGAUUAGUAUCAAAUGUGCGGUUAUAGUUGGUGGUAUUGACAUGAUGUCUCAGUCAUUAGCCCUGGCAAAAAAACCUCAUAUAAUUGUAGCAACACCUGGAAGAAUAGUUGAUCACCUUGAAAACACAAAAGGAUUUAACUUAAGGCCCUUGAAAUUCUUAGUCAUGGAUGAGGCUGACAGAAUUUUAAAUAUGGACUUUGAGAAAGAAGUUGACAAGUUGCUUAAAGUCAUUCCAAAACAAAGACGAACAUAUCUUUUCUCUGCCACUAUGACAAAAAAGGUUAAGAAACUUCAAAGGGCCUCAUUACAGGAUCCAGUUAAAGUUGAAGUCUCAACAAAGUAUACAACAGUGGAAAAACUUGUACAAAGUUAUAUUUUUAUACCAAGCAAAUACAAGGAUUGUUAUUUGGUCAGCAUAUUAAAUGAUCUUGCUGGAAAUUCUUUCAUGGUAUUUUGUGGGACUUGCAACAAUGUACAAAGAACAACAUUACUUCUAAGAAACCUUGGCUUACAUGCUGUUCCAUUGCAUGGGCAAAUGAGUCAAUCUAAACGUCUUGGUACGCUAAACAAGUUUAAGUCAAAAGCUCGAUCCAUAUUGAUUGCCACAGAUGUUGCUAGUCGGGGGUUGGAUAUUCCCCAUGUUGAUGUUGUUAUAAAUUUUGAUAUUCCCACUCAUUCAAAGGACUAUAUUCACCGUGUUGGGCGAACAGCCCGGGCUGGAAGAUCUGGGAGGGCUGUAACAUUUGUUACACAGUAUGAUGUUGAACUAUAUCAAAGAAUAGAGCAGUUAAUAGGAAAAAGAUUGCCAAAAUUUGAAGUUGUUGAAGAAGAAGUCAUGAUGUUGGUAGAAAGAGUCACUGAAGCACAAAGAUUUGCAAAAAUGGAAAUGCGUGAAGGUGAUGAAAAAAGGAAGCGUCCUCGUGAUGAGGAGAAUGAUAAUGUUAUCCGACUCCCUGAGGGGAAACGCAAGAAGAAACGUAAACAAAGAUAAGGAAUGUAAAAGU